UCCGAACAUUGACUCCCAAUCGCCGGGGGAGCGAGCGCGCGCGAGAGAGGGAGGACAGACACACCGAGAGGAGAGAUCCAUCCAUACCCACACACACGCAACAUGGCGCCGCCGCUAGAAAUCUCCAUCCCCACCACCUCGCUGCACACGCCCGCGGACGGCUCCAAGCCGUACACGCUGUACAACAUCACGCUGCGCAUGCCGCUGCGCUCCUUCGUCGUGCAGAAGCGCUACUCCGAGUUCGCCGCCCUGCACCGCGCCCUGGCCAGCCAGGCCGGCGCCCCGCCGCCCGAGCCGCUGCCCGCCAAGUCCUGGCUGCGCUCCACCGUCUCGUCGCCCGCCCUCACCGAGCAGCGCCGCGCCGCCCUCGAGCGCUACCUCCGCGCCAUCGCCGAGCCCCCCGACCGCCGCUGGCGCGACACCCCCGCCUGGCGCGCCUUCCUGAACCUUCCCGGUGGUGGUAGUGGCGGUGGUGGUGGGGCCACAGCGUCGGUGUCGGGCGCCAGCGUCGAGGCCCGCCUGCCGGCCAUCGGACCGCGCGACGCCACGCUCGCUGCCGCCAGCGACCCGGCCACCUGGGUCGAUCUGCACAAGGAGAUGAAGGAUCUGCUCAAGGCCGCGCGCGCGGGGAUGGAUAGGCGGGAGGGCCUGCCCGCGGGCAGCGUCGAGCAGAUGGAGGCCGGCACGGCGGCGAAGAAGGAGCUGAUCAAGGCGGGCAGCUUGCUGUUUGCGCUGGCGGGCGGGCUGGACGUGAUGAAGAAGGCCGGGAGGCUUGGGGAAGGGGAGCUCAGGCGGCGCAAAGAUCUGAUCGCCGCGGCGAAGGAGGAGAAGGCCUGGCUGGACCAGUGGGCGCUGAGGUCCGGCGGGAGGGGUGGUGGGCGCGGCGCGAGUCAGGGCGUUGCGAGUGAGAGCGACAGGGCGGCGCUGGGAGUCGCGCGCGACGGCCCGAUGGCCAGGAGGCCCGUGGGGAGGACGAUCGGGCGGCCGCUGCCCGAGACGGAGCGGACGCGGGAGCUGGACAACGCCGGCGUGCUGCAGCUGCAGAAGGAGGAGAUGGCGGAGCAAGAGCAGCGGGUCAACGAGAUCGGGCGGACGGUCCAGCAGUUGAAGGCGAACGCCAUCGCCAUCGACGAGGAGCUCACCUACCAACUCGGCCAGCUGGACCACCUGAACGAGGCGGUCGACGCGCACGAGCGCAAGCUGGCCAUCGCAAACCGGCGCGUCAAGAACCUGUGACGGGAAGCGCCGCCUCCCGGGGAGAUGAUGGAUCUGCACAACGGCAGUGCCUCGUCCGCGGCCUCUUCUGGUGGCAGCAGUGCCGCUGCGCCGGAAACGACCGGCGCGGCCGAGCCAGAAGAGGAGAAGACGGAAGACCAACAAGCGCCGGGAGGCGGCGUGGUCGACGCCGUGCUGUUGCUGGUGGUUAGAUGCGUUUUGGCCGGCGUUAAGGGGGUGGUGGUGCUUGAAUGGGUGCUCAUCAAGGUGUCGGAGGCAUUGGCCUGGGCGGUGGACUUGGGAAUGCUGCUGGUCCAGCCUCCAAACUGAGGCUCUGGGGGGCGCAAGCACUAUGGCGUUAACUGGGGGAGGAUCAGGGCGG